AUGGGAAGGUUUGCAGAUAACACUACAUUCCAGUCAAAUAUACCCGAAGCUGCUGAUAUUGCUGUUGCAAUAGUUUAUUCUAUAUUUGGAGUUUUCUCUUUGUUUGGAAACAGUAUGCUCCUGUAUGUCUCAUACAAAAAAAAGAAUUUGCUGAAGCCGGCAGAGUUUUUCAUCAUCAACCUUGCCAUCAGUGACCUUGGCAUGACUGUGACUUUAUAUCCUCUUGCUAUAACUUCCAGCAUAUCACACAGGUGGAUCUAUGGAAAAACGAUAUGCUUAAUCUAUGCAUUCUGUGGGGUAUUAUUUGGAAUAUGCAGUCUAUCCACACUAACCUUACUUAGCACUGUGUGCUGCAUGAAAGUGUGCUACCCCAUGUACGGGAAUAGAUUUAAUUGUGAUCAUGGACGUUUGCUAAUUGCCUGUGCCUGGGCCUAUGCAGUGGUAUUUGCUUGUUCACCUUUGGCCCACUGGGGUAAUUACGGGCCUGAACCAUACGGAACAGCUUGCUGCAUUGACUGGAAAGCCUCUAGCAUGGAGGCUGUAGCAAAGUCAUACACUGUGGCUCUUUUCAUAUUCUGUUUCCUCAUCCCUUGUGGAAUAAUUAUUACUUCUUACACUCAAAUAUUGAUAACUGUGAAAGAAUCCAGAAAAGCAGUGGAAAAGCACAUUUCUGCAGCAAGAAGAAUGGGCAAUGUCCAGACCAUCAUUGUUAAGCUCAGUGUUGCAGUUUGCAUUGGGUUCUUUGCAGCAUGGACUCCUUAUGCCGUGGUGGCCAUGUGGGCAGCUUUUGGUUGCAUGGACAACAUCCCUCCGAUAGCUUUUGCAGUGCCAGCUGUGUUUGCUAAAUCUUCCACGCUCUAUAAUCCACUCAUCUACCUACUGCUGAAGCCUAACUUCAGAAAAGUGGUCUGCAAGUAUUUUGGAAUGUUUCAGCACAUGUGUUUGAGGAACUGUUUAUGUGUAAAGAUUUUACAGAACUGUAACUACAGAACGGUCGUUGAGGUCAGUUUGAAGUCACUAAAAAGAAAAGACGGUUCAAGCACAAAUACUGUGCAAUCUGAACAUGGGUGUACACACUGUACAUGUGAAAAGUGCAAUGACCCCUUUGAAUGUUUUAAAAACUACCCAAAAAGCUGCCAAGAAAACACGAACACUCUGCAAUUCACUCUUCAGGAAACUACUUCACCAGCACCGAAACAGCAACCAAAAAUGAGACAAACUGCAAAGAAAUCUGUAAGAGUCAUCAUCCGAGGUCAAACAUGUUCAGAGCUUGACAGUUUGGAGAUAACUUUAGAAACAGUACCAGUACAUACAAUAGCUGUUAUGCCAUAA